AUGGGAUCAGCAGCAGCAGCAGACCUUUGCUCUGUCUUAUCAGAAUCACAACGUAUAAUAAACGCCCACUCCCGCCAUUUCUUGGCUCUCUCUGUCCUCUUUAUCCUCCCUCUUUCUUUCUCUCUUUCCGUCUACCCCACCAUCCAAAACAAAAUCUCUCAAUCCUCCACUCUCAACACCAAAAUCCUACUUUCUCAUACUUUCUAUCAAGAUGACCUCCCAAAUCUUUUCACUACAAAUACCGUUAUCCUUUCUCUUCUCCUUGUACUAUUUUCCGUCACUUUCUCUCUUUUUGAUACUGGUUCCAUCACCUACAGUGUUAUUCAUGGAUUCUACGGUAGACCUGUGAAGCUCUGGUCUUCAAUCAAAUCUGCUUUCACUUCUUUCUUUCCCCUUUUGAUCACUAUCUCUUUUGUUGAAAUGAUCUUUUUGGGGGUCCUUCUCCUUUUUGUGUCCUUCUUCUUUUUGGUGAUAUGUGGAAUUCAGCUUCUUGGAUUUGAUGCUAAUGUCUCUUCACCUUAUUUUAAUGUGUUUUGUGUGAUUCUUGGGGUUGUUUUCGUCUUAGUUUUGGUUUAUCUGCAAUUGAAUUGGGUUUUAGCUCCGGUGAUUGUGGUUGCCGAAUCAAGUUGGGGUCUUGAGCCAUUGAGAAGGAGUAACUUCUUAAUAAAAGGAAUGAAAGGAGUGGCUUUGUCUAUGUUUUUAUUUUUUGAGUUUUUCUCUGGCUUGUUGGUAAUUGCCGGUUUAUUUCCUUGGGGAGGUUUGGAUAUUGAUAAUGUUGAUAGUGCACGGAAGAUUUGGCCUUUUGUUGUUCGAAUAGUGGUGACUACAGCUCUCCAAAUGAUGUUGUUGCUUUACAAUUUCGCGGCGUUUACUGUUCUUUACAUGGAUUGCAAGGCCGUACACGGAGAGCUUGUUUGGGAGAUUGCUGAGGAGUUUGCUGGUGACUAUGUCAGCUUGCCUUUUGAUGAUGGAAAGAUCCCUCAUUUUGUUUCUGUUGCUUAUACUUGA